AUGAUCACCCGCCGUGCGGCGGCGGUAGCCCUACGCACCUCCCUGCGCCGCGCCUGCUCCUCCCACGCCGCCAACUCCGACGACCCCCUCUUUGGCCUCUUCGACGCCUCCGCGCCGCACCCCGAGCCCCGCCUCCUCCCCAAAGAUUUCGCCUUUAUCAAGCACCCCGCCCCUGCGCUCCCCGCCGCCGCCCUCCCGCCCCCGGAGGCCGUCCUGAUCUCCAAGGCGGUCCGAGCCUACGGCGCCGACUUCGACGGCAAGGCGGAGCGGUUCCUGCGCCGGUACCGCGAGUUCCUGACCGAUUCCCUCGUGGUCGCGGUGCUCCGGGCGGUGCGCUCCCCGGACCUCUGCGUCAGGUUCUUCCUCUGGGCGGAGCGGCAGGUCGGGUACAGCCACACCGGCGCCUGCUACGACGCGCUCGCCGAGGUUCUGGGCUUCGAGGACCGUGCCCGGACCGCCGAGAGGCUGCUGAGGGAGAUUGGGGAGGAUGACCGCGAGGUGCUCGGCAGAUUGCUCAAUGUGCUGGUGCGGCGGUGCUGCCGCCGCGGCCUGUGGGGCGAGGCGCUGGAGGAGCUCGGGAGGCUCAAGGACUUCGGGCACAGGCCGUCGGCGGUGACCUACAAUGCGCUGGUGCAGGUGCUCGCGAGCGCGGGGCAGGUGGAGAUGGGGUUCCGGGUGCACAAGGAGAUGUCGGCGUCGGGGUUCUGCAUGGACAGGUCCACGGUCGGAUGCUUUGCCGAGGCGCUGUGCAAGGAUGGGCGCUGGACCGAUGCGCUUGACAUGGUAGAGAGGGAGGAUUUCAAGCUCGACACGGUGCUGUGCACCCAGAUGAUCAGUGGGCUGAUGGAGGCCUCCCUCUUCAACGAGGCCAUGUCGUUUCUUCAUAGGAUGAGGUGCAACUCGUGUAUACCGAAUGCGAUAACGUAUAGGACGCUGCUCUCGGGAUUUCUGAAAAAGAAGGAGCUUGGCUGGUGCAAGAGGAUCAUCAACAUGAUGAUGGCAGAGGGCUGCAGUCCGAAUCCUGCGUUUUUCAAUUCACUUGUGCAUAGCUAUUGCAGUGCCGAGGAUUAUGCAUAUGCAUAUAAGCUGCUUAAUAGGAUGAAAACUUGUGGUUGUCCUCCUGGUUACGUUGUAUACAAUAUAUUUAUUGGAAGUAUUUGUGGCCGAGAACAAUUGCCAAAGCCCGAGUUGUUGGAUUUGGCGGAGAAAGUUUACGAGGAGAUGCUGGUUGCUGGUUGCGUUCUUAAUAAGGUUAACACUGCCAAUUUUGUUCGGUGCCUUUGUGGUGUUGGCAAAUUUGACAAGGCAUUUCAGAUCAUGAAGGAGAUGAUGAGGAAAGGUUUUGUUCCUGAUGCAAGCACGUACUAUAAGGUCAUCACUUUUCUGUGCCAGGCUAACAAGGUAGACAAGGCGCUCCUUUUGUUUGAAGAGAUGAAGAGGGCAGGUGUUAAUCCAGAUGUGUACACGUACACAAUUUUGAUUGAUGGUUUUUGUAAGGCUGGUCUCAUUGAACAAGCCCGGAGCUGGUUUGAUGAAAUGACAAGUGCAGGCUGCUCACCAACUGUAGUAACAUAUACUGCAUUGCUUCAUGCUUAUCUGAAAUCUAAGCAGCUCUUGCAGGCUAAUGACAUUUUCCAUAGAAUGGUUGAUGAUGCCUGUUAUCCAAAUGCUGUUACAUACAGUGCACUAAUUGAUGGCCUCUGUAAGGCGGGCGAGGUCCAAAAGGCUUGUGAAAUCUACGCCAAGUUAAUAGGAGCUUCUGACAAUGUAGAAACUGAUUUCUACUUUGAAAACAAGGGCGGAGACACUAUUUCUCCAAAUGUUAUCACAUAUGGUGCACUCGUAGAUGGUUUGUGCAAGGCUCAAAAGGUGGCUGAUGCUCAUGAGUUGCUAGAUUCUAUGCUAUCAGCUGGCUGUGAGCCCAAUCAGAUUGUUUAUGAUGCUCUGAUUGAUGGUUUUUGCAAAGUUGGAAAAAUCGAUAAUGCUCAGGAGGUAUUUCUGAGAAUGACUAAGUGUGGUUACUUGCCUAGUGUGCAUACGUACACGUCCUUGAUUGACCGGAUGUUCAAGGAUGGAAGACUGGACCUCGCAAUGAAAGUUCUGUCUCAAAUGCUGAAGGAUUCCUGUAGUCCUAACGUUGUUACUUACACAGCUAUGGUUGAUGGGCUCUGUAAAAUAGGUGAAACAGAAAAGGCCCUAAACCUGCUGUCAUUGAUGGAAAAGAAGGGCUGCAGUCCAAAUGUUGUAACUUACACUGCGCUAAUAGACGGACUCGGGAAAGCUGGUAAAGUUGAUGCAAGUCUCAAGCUUUUUACGCAAAUGAAGACAAAAGGGUGUGCUCCCAAUUAUGUUACAUACAGAGUACUGAUAAACCAUUGUUGUGCUGUUGGUCUUUUGGAUGAUGCCCAUUUGCUGCUCGAUGAGAUGAAACAGACUCACUGGCCAAAGUAUUUGCAAGGAUACUGCAGCGCAGUUCAGGGUUUCAGCAAGAAGUUUCUCGCUUCUCUUGGUUUGCUGGAGGAGAUGGAAUCACAUGACACAGCACCGAUAGCUCAUGUUUAUGGCAUGAUCAUUGAUAGUUUUUCCAAGGCUGGUAGACUAGAGACAGCCUUGGAGUUGCACAAAGAGAUGAUGGAAGUCUCAUCACCUCUAAAUAUGACCAGCAAGGGCAUGUACACCUCAUUAAUCCAGGCACUUUGUUUAUCAUCUCAAGUUGAAGAAGCAAUUGCAUUACAUAUUGAAAUGACAAGGAGAGGUACUAUGCCAGAUUUAAGUCUGUUUGUUUGCCUCAUAAAGGGACUAAUUGAAGUGGAUAAGUGGAAUGAAGCCCUUCAGUUGUGUUAUGGCAUAUGCCAAGAGGGUGUGAAGUGGCAGGGCAACAAAUCAUUUGAUGGAGGGUAGAGCUGUGCUGCCUUACUGCCUAUAACUCCCAAUUCUCCCCUAAUGAGUCAUCUCUACAUCUCAUAGCCUGAAACAAAAAUGGGCAACUCAUGAAUGAUUGAAGAAAAAGAGUACCGAGGACAUGGAGUAGCACUGCAAAGAGAUCAGCUUGAUUCAUCAACUACAUGUUGGUAUGCAUGUUAUAUGGAUGCUGAAGGAUAUGAUGAUGGUGCUCGAAAACAUUCAGUACAUUGCAUGCAGUCAAAUUGCACUCACGGCUGGCUGGUUCGUUCAGAUGAACAAAGGAAUAUCACUGGUUAUCAAGAUUAGUCUUUGUAUAUAAGAUGGUGACUGUUACAGAAAAGUCUUGCCAGUGGUGAAGAUACUUGAAAGUUUCAUAAUCCUUUAUUCACCAAUUCGAGUGAUGUACAUAUGGGGAGACUGGGAACAUACCAAAAAGUUACAUGGCUCUUCGUUGUAUUGAGUAGUCAGGGUGCCACUUUUGAGAUUGUAUAGGGAAUCGACCAAUGUUCAUGACCAUUAUACUAAGGGUGAUCCGUGAUUAUCUUGGAGUGGGGCGUGAUUGUGAUGCACUCCAUAAACUAAGGUCCCAGAUUAUCAGGCAGUUCAUGCAAAAUCGCCAGUACAUUGCUCCAGAUGAGAUGAUACAUUG